GGAAAAAACUUCCCAAGCAAUCAAAAGUCAAACGGAGAUUUCUGGUGGUGCGUCCCCCGCCCCGCCCCCGCCGACUCGGAGACAGGCAGCUCGAGGCGGGUGCUGCAGCCGACCAGGCCUGCAAGACUUUUCUUGGCGGGGGGGCGGGGGCUUGAGAUCCAAAGGUGACCCCCCACCCCUGCUCCUCUGCAGCGCCCAGCUCCUGCUUGGCAAGAAGAGAUCUACCGCCAGGAGCACCUGCCCGCCUUCCUUUGGAGGGGCGAUCUCCCCCGCCCCCUAACCGGCCAUGCCCCAUAACACCAUCCGAUCAGGGCACGGCGGGUUGAACCAGCUGGGUGGGGCCUUUGUGAAUGGCCGCCCCCUGCCAGAAGUGGUCAGGCAGCGCAUCGUGGACCUGGCUCACCAGGGCGUGCGGCCCUGCGACAUCUCCCGCCAGCUGCGGGUCAGCCACGGCUGCGUCAGCAAAAUCCUGGGCAGUAGGUACUACGAAACUGGCAGCAUCCGGCCCGGCGUGAUCGGGGGCUCCAAGCCCAAGGUGGCCACCCCCAAGGUGGUGGAGAAGAUUGGGGACUAUAAGCGGCAGAACCCCACCAUGUUUGCCUGGGAGAUCCGCGACCGCCUGUUGGCCGAGGGCGUCUGUGACAAUGACACCGUGCCCAGUGUCAGCUCCAUUAACAGAAUCAUCCGGACCAAAGUCCAGCAGCCAUUCAACCUCCCGAUGGACAACUGCGUGGCCUCCAAAGCCCUGAGCCCCGGGCACAGCCUGAUCCCCAGCUCGGCCGUGACCCCCCCGGAGUCACCCCAGUCGGACUCGCUGGGCUCCACCUACUCCAUCAGUGGGCUCCUGGGCAUCGCCCAGGCCAGCAGCGACAGCAAGAGGAAGAUGGACGACAGCGACCCGGAAAGCUGCCGGCUCAGGAUGGACGCCCAGAGCGGCGCCAGUGCUGCCCGCAAGCACCUGCGCUCCGAGGCCUUCGGCCAGCCCCCCCUGGAGCCACUGGAGUGCCCCUUCGAGCGGCAGCACUACCCCGAGGCCUACGUCUCCCCCAGCCAUGCCAAGGGCGAGCAGGGUCUCUACCCACUGCCCCUGCUGAGCAGUGCACUGGAUGACGGCAAAGCCGCACUGACCCCCUCCAACACGCCACUCGGCCGCGGCCUGGCCGCCCCCCAGCCAUACGCAACCGUGACAGACCCUCACUCCCCCUUCCUUGUAAAGCAGGAAACCCCGGGGGCCUCCAGCCCGAGCACCACCCCUUCCUCUUUAUCUAGCACCGCCUUUUCGGACCUGCAGCCCGGGCCGCCCUUCAGCGCCUUCCCCCACUGCUCCGCCAUCUACGGCCACUUUCCUGGCCAGGGCCUCGUCCCAGGGCGCGAGAUGGUUGGUUCCACCCUGCCUGGCUACCCCCCGCACAUCCCCACCGGUGGGCAGGGCAGCUACGCCUCCUCCGCCAUUGCCGGCAUGGUGGCAGCAGGCAGUGAUUACUCUGCGAACGCCUACAGCCAUUCCCCCUACUCCACCUAUGGUGAGGCCUGGCGCUUCCCCAACUCCAGCCUGCUGAGUUCCCCGUAUUAUUACAGCUCUGCCUCGAGGGCCCCUGCACCCCCCACCGCUGCCUACGACCACCUGUAGCUGCCGUGGGAGCCACGGCACAGGACCCCGGGACGGGCCCGGUGCAGCCAGCCAAAGGCGUUGUUAUUAUUACCUGGCGAGAGAGCGGAGCCAGCCCCAACCCCCACAGGGACCGGGAGACACAGCUGCCCCUGGCACCCACAAAACAGCCUUGUGGGAACGUGGGGUGGAGGCAUCUGGGUGACGUGGCUCCCCCGGGGGGGAUGGGCAGGGGGCACUCGCCAUGAAGAUGCCCCCUUAGCACCAGUGAUUUGGGGAAGAACAAUGGGGUGCCCAGGAUACCCAACAAUGCGCAGCACUGGCCAGAGCCCCUCCCAGACAAAGGGGGCUGGACAAAGACUUUUGAUCAUCACAUGGCCUCUAGAGACCCAGAUCGGAUCGAACUGUCUGUCCCCACACAACGCCUGUCCAUCAGUCUGUCCCCACACACCCCAUCUGUCCAUCCAUCCCCGCAUACUCCCCCCCCCGUCUGUCUGUCCCCAUACACCCCUCUAUGGAUCUAUCCAUCCCCAUACACCCCCUGUCUGUCUGUCUG